AUGGAAAAAAUUGAUAUCUCAAAAGCCCCGCCGGAGUACCGUCAGAUCCAGGGGAUUGUUAGCAUCCUUCCCAUUGGUUAUGGCGUAAGUUUCAUAAUCUGCUACGGUGCAGUACUGUACCAGGCCUUCAAAGACCGGUCCUAUGGGAUGUCAAUGAUGACUAUCUGCUGUAAUUUCGCUUGGGAGUUAGUGUAUGCUUUUGUACACCGGUCAAAGGACUCUACCCGACAGAUAGUUUUUGUUGUCUGGGCACUCCUCCAGGCGAUUAUCUUGUAUAGUGCGAUAAAAUUCUCCCCCAAUGAAUGGAAGCAUGCUCCUCUAGUGCAGCAGAACAUCCUGCUGAUCUACACAUUGUGCUUUCUGGGUUUUUUUUCCUGGCACCUCGCACUGGCCGCCUACCUUGGGCCCCUGGGCGGCUAUUUUUGGGGCGGCUAUGUUUGCCAGGCAGUUAUGAGCGUUGGAUCGUUGUCGCAGCUUAUUACUCGCGGGAGCACGCGUGGCGCAUCCUCCACCAUAUGGCUUGGGCGGUUUUCGGGAAGUCUCUUUACCUUGGCAAUUAGCGUUGUACAUAUUAAUUACUGGCCGGAGGUAUGGGGAUGGAUGGAUAACCCACUUAUGCGGUGGUUGGCAGUAGCGUUUCUACUUCUUGACGUUACAUACGGCAUCUGCUUUCGACGCAUCUACCAACGGGAACGGACCCUCGAGUAUGCCAAAAAUCACGAAAGGUUGAAGCACACAUGA